CAGUUUUGUGGUUUUUUUAGUGCACGUAUUUUUCUAUGUUAAAUCAAUUUAUUGUGAGUAUUAUGUUGUUAAUUGUAAUACAUCACCUCUAACUGAAGUUCUAUACAUUUUCUUCGUAUAUUUUCACUUUACUAUUGAUAAUGUCAAAUUGAUAAUGGCAGACGAUUUUGACAUAGAAGCAUUGCUUGAAGCCCCUUAUAACAAAAAAGAACCUGAAUCACAACCUAAAGAUAGUAACGGUACUGAAGACAAAUCUCGUAAAGAAAAGUCACAUAAAAGCCGUCAUCGUUCUAGAUCUAGAUCUCGUGAUAAAUCUCGUAAAAGAAGUCGAUCUAAAGAUCGUAAACAUAGACAUAAAAGUCGUUCUAAGGAUAGAUAUCGUAGUCGUUCAAGGGAUCGACACUCUCGUCGAAGAUCUAAAGAAAAGCGUAGUCGAACGAAAUCUCCUAUUAAGUUACCUAAAUAUGGACCUCCUUUGCCUCCUCCUCGUUAUGGUAGAAAACCAUCUCCUCUUGCAUCUAAAGUACCACCAGCUAGUAUGUUAACACCAGAAGAAAGAGAUGCUAGAACUGUAUUUUGUAUGCAGCUCUCUAAAACUAUUAGAGCAAGAGACCUUGAAGAAUUUUUCUCAUCAGUAGGCAAAGUUAGAGAUGUUAGAAUGAUUACUUGUAAUAAAACACGACGUUUUAAAGGAAUAGCAUAUAUAGAAUUUAAAGAUCCUGAAUCUGUACCUUUAGCUAUGGGUUUAAAUGGACAAAAACUUCUUGGUGUUCCUAUAGUAGUACAACCUACUCAAGCUGAAAAAAAUCGAAUGGCUAAUUCUAUGCCUAAUAUGGUACAACGUACUCAUUAUGGACCUAUGAAAUUAUAUGUAGGUUCACUGCAUUAUAACAUCACAGAAGAUAUGUUAAGGGGUAUUUUUGAACCAUUUGGUCAUGUUGAUAAUAUACAGCUUAUGAUGGAUUCUGAAACUGGAAGAUCAAAAGGAUAUGGUUUUUUAACUUAUCGCAAUGCAGAAGAUGCUAAAAAAGCUCUUGAACAUUUAAAUGGGUUUGAAAUUGCUGGACGUCCAAUGAAAGUUGGUCAUGUUACAGAAAAUCAUUCAAUGUAUGAUAAAACUGCAUUUGAAGUUGAUGAGUUAGAUAGAGCUGGAUAUGAUUUGGGAGCUACUGGUAGACUACAAUUAAUGUAUAAAUUAGCAGAAGGUACUGGUUUUCCAAUUCCUCAAGCUGCUGCUAAUGCCUUGCAAGUUGCUACUGGAGUAACUCCUACGUCAACAACACCUACUGUUCAAGUAACACCUCCUAUUGCUACUCAGUGUUUUUUAUUGGCUAAUAUGUUUGAUCCAAAUAAAGAAGAUGUUGCUGAAAGUACCAAUUGGGAAAAUGAAAUAAAAGAUGAUGUUAUUGAAGAAUGUAACAAACAUGGUGGAGUCCUUCACGUUUAUGUUGAUAAAGCAUCACCACAGGGCAAUGUCUAUGUCAAAUGUACGACUAUUGAAACUGCACUUGCAUCAGUUGCUGCAUUACAUGGAAGGUGGUUUGGUGGAAGAGUGAUCACUGCAGCAUAUGUACCCGUUGCAAACUAUCACAAUUUGUUUCCAGAGACUUCUUCUCUUACAAAACUGUUGGUGCCAUCUAGAAAUAAAAACUAAUUAUUAUAUGACAGUUCAUAUUAACUUUUUCUUGAAAAUUUAACAAAUUAAAUAAUGUUUCAUUAUUUUCAUACUUAAAUUUACAAUGCCUCAAUAAUUCAUUAAAAUUUUUAUUUAGAAAAAUAUUUCAUAUAGUUCCACUAAAUGUUGUGAUCAAAUUUAAUUAUCUGCACAAAAUACACAAAUCUUCUUAGUUCCACCUUAUUGCCUUAAUGAUAUGACAGAUGUCUGUAGUAUAGGUAUGCUAUUUUAUUCGCAAUUAAAUUAGUGGCAUGACUUCAGUUUAAGAAUAUAUAUUUAUAUUUUUCUUUUUUAUUUAUAAAUACAUAUAUAUAUAUUUUUUUUUUGGUGUCUGUUUACUACUAAUUUAAUUAAAUAUCUUUAGUUGACAUUAUUAUGUUUAAAAUUCAAUUUUUUUUUUAAUGCACUAAUAAAUGUCACAUAGUCUUGUAUUGAUU